CCGCUCCGGAUUGCCCUUGCUCCUACUUGUCCUCGCGCAUCAACGGACGGCUUGGCACGUGCCGCCGCAAGGAUGGCGCACCGCAGCUGGGCCUAAGCUUUGAGCGGCCAUCUACGAGACGGACGCGCGUGCGCAGGGGCUGCAUGCGGCUCUACGAGCUGUUCCGCCGGACUCCCGGCUGCAACGCCAAGGGCAACACGGCAUCCUCAUUCACCGAACUUGCACCGCCGCACUGCUGCUCUCCGGCCGCUCAAUGAGAGCAGAUCGACGGCUCGCAGCCCGUGCGCUGCGCGCGAUGACCUGCAGCGCCCGGCGUAGACUCAGGGCGCAAAGCGCCGCAGGACGCAUCGACAAGCGACAGCACAGCGGCAGACAGAAAAAUCCGCGCCGCAAAUCGACUCGCUCAAAGGGCAGCGUGGGCGACGGCAAGCCGGCUUGCGCAUCCUUUUGUCAAGCGCAGCAGCGCACGCACGCUGCAUUGUGUAAGAACAGCGGCAGCGAGCGUGUGUGCAACGCAAGAGCGGCAGCGGCUCGCCCGAUGUGCACACGGCAGAGGGUCGUACCAGUCCGCGCCGCCAGCCUGUGUGCGUGCCCUCUGUCUGCUCUGCACCACGCCAACAACGCAGCGCGCGAGAAACGUGACCCACGGCGCAAGGACAACAAGCAGCGCCAGAUUGUGCUGCACAGGCCGAGAGCUGGCUGCUGCGAGCCGGGCAAUGCGCCUUGCUGCAGCCGAGCAGUCUUCUCUGCCCAGCAGUCUGCACCUGGCGAUCUGCUCCACCGCAGGCAACAUCAGAAGGGCCGCCUGGCGGCUCGCACCUCCUGCGCCGCGGCCGCACGUAAUCUCCACGACCAGCGACGCAAAGCUCUCUUGCACCCGCACUCACCUGGAAUCCUGGCCCAUCAGAAAGCUCCGACACCGGCAAGGCCCCGUUGCCAUCCUCUCUCUGAACGUAAAGACUUGCGUAGCGGAGGCGCAAAGCAGCGACGGCCGGGCAGCACGAGGCGGCGCGGAGCCAGAAGAUGCGGCGCAAGAAGCGUCCGCAGCGGGGAGAAGAUGCGGGCUUGCUCAGAGCGCCGACGUCGACUUGGGUGCAGCGUCGAGCCUGGCGAACGCGCGAGGGCUGGCAGGGCGGCGAUACCUCGCGCAGUGCUGAGCGCCGGCGUGGCCGAGCAGGAGAAGCGAGGAGCGAGAGCCGCAAUGCCGCCAGAGCGGGAGCGGCGCGAGAGGCGAGCGUGGCCAGAGAAGCGCCAGCUUUGGCGGUGGAGAAGAGGAAGCAAGGCGCGGGCCGGGCGUGACGCUGAAGACUGCAGUGUCGAGGCGGAGCGUGGCAAAGCGUGAAGGCCAAGCCCCAAGGCGAAGCGUGAAGGUUGGCGUGCGGCGGAUCGG